AUGUUUGCUACAUUACGUUCACUCAUUCACCCUGGGAACGGUGUAAUCCUAUCAGUUAGGGGCCUUAAGUCUGAUUUACACAUAAAAUGGGUCCGACCAGAGAAAAUUGCUUGCUGGGAUCCUAAAAAAUCUGGUGACUUGUCACCCUUGGAGCCACUGGACAUGUCAAAACCUCCAUUAGAAUAUCAAGAAUCUGAGGAACUAAAAACAGCCAACGAAUAUGUGCGUAAAGUAUUUUCUUGUGACUUUAUGGGACGGCGGUAUGCAACGCAACUGGCUCGCCAACAACUCAUUGAUAAAGUCAAAGCCAAUAAUUUGGAUUUUACAUCAUGUGAAGUUCAAAUUGCCAGUAUGACAGCAAACAUUCGUAAUCUUCAAGAACACUACAAAACAUCUCCAAGAGAUAAAAAUUCUAGAGUAGCAUUAAAAGAAAUAAUAGAUAAACGUAAAAAAAGACUGAAACAUUUACGAACUUGGGACUAUAAGAAGUUUGAAUGGUUAUUGGAAAAUUUGGAUUUAAUGUAUCAUCCUCACCCUCCCUAUGAACGGGUUGAAAGAAAAAAAUCCUUACGUCGUCUAACAUCUAAAUGGUGUGAUGAAGUUAAAUCAAAAAAACUGGCAGAAUACCGUACUGAAUUGGAUAAUGAAAAAGAAAAAUUUUUGAAACAAAAGUUGGAAACAUUAGAAUGGGCUAAAAAGGAAGAAGUUGAAUGUGGAGUUGAACCAACAAUAACUGAUGCUGAUAUUGAAAAUGCCCGUAAGCAAUUAGAAGAAUGGAAAACCCUUAAAUCAAAUCAAGAAUAA